CAUCGGGUAUCGGCUGUGAUACCGCCAGCGCAUCUGGAAAACGUCAGAACUCUUUAUAUGGAGGCGAUAUAACACAUUCGCGCAAUCGUGAGUUUCACUGUUGAACGGCACAGGUGAACUGUCAACGAUGUCUCGAGUCGUUUGUGAAAUCUACAGCAAAAUGUUAGGAUUCUUAGGUUUUCUGCUGCUGGUUACUGGAGCUAAUUGCAUGUACGCAUCUAAUUCAGCUGUCAUUGAUCUUAGGCCAAAUAAUUUUGACAAUUUAGUCUUAAAUAGUGAUCAUAUUUGGGUGGUUGAGUUCUACGCACCAUGGUGUGGACAUUGCCAACAGUUGACACCAGAAUAUGACAAAGCAGCUACUGCAUUGAAGGGUAUUGUAAAAGUUGGUGCGGUAAAUGCUGAUGAACACAAGUCCCUUGGAAGUAAAUAUGGCAUUCGUGGUUUUCCAACAAUUAAGAUCUUCGGACUUGACAGCAAACCUGAAGAUUAUAAUGGCCCAAGAACUGCGGCUGGCAUUGUUGAUGCUGCAUUAAAUACCAUUGGUCAAAAAGCUCGAAGAACUUUAGGUGGCAAGAAAGCAGAAAGUGAGUCCAAGAGUAAAGAUUCCAAGGAUGUAAUAGAAUUGACAGAUGAAAACUUUGACAAAACUGUUUUGAAUUCCGAUGAUAUGUGGCUGGUUGAAUUUUAUGCUCCUUGGUGCGGCCACUGUAAAAACUUGGCACCUGAGUGGGCAGCAGCAGCUAGUGAAUUAAAGGGCAAAGUUAAAUUAGGCGCAUUGGACGCAACUGUAAACACAUUAAAAGCUAGUAAAUAUGAAAUCAAAGGCUAUCCCACCAUCAAAUAUUUUACACCAGGUAAGAAAGACGUCGAUUCGGUACAAGAAUAUGACGGCGGUCGUACGAGCGGUGAUAUCGUUAAUUGGGCGCUCGAGAAACUAGCGGAAAACAUUCCGGCGCCAGAAGUGAUUCAAAUUACGUCUGAGCGAAGUUUGAAGAAUGCUUGCGAAGACAAACCAAUCUGCGUGGUCUCUGUUUUACCACAUAUCCUAGACUGUCAGUCUGAUUGUAGAAACGGAUACUUGAAGAUUCUACAUAGUCUUGGGGAGAAAUAUAAGAAGAAGAUGUGGGGAUGGGUUUGGUCCGAAGCUAAUGCUCAACCAAACAUUGAAGAUGCAUUAGAGAUUGGUGGUUUCGGUUAUCCUGCAUUAGCAGCUGUUAAUAUCAAGAAGAUGAAAUAUUCCUUGCUGAAGGGCAGUUUUUCAUAUGAUGGAAUAAAUGAAUUUCUACGAGAUUUGAGUUAUGGUAGAGGUGGUACUGCAACUUUGAAAGGUGCUCAAUUGCCUGUUAUUAUCAAAACAACUGCUUGGGAUGGCAAAGAUGCUGAACCUCCACAAGAAGAAGACAUCGAUCUUAGCGAUAUUGAUUUAGAUGAGAAAGAUGAGCUAUAAUUUUGAAAUACAAGUGGUUAAAUUCUUAGAAUUUACCAUGUGUGGAAGUACAUUGUUUCUAUAAGAAACUGAUUAGAAGCAUUAAUCGUAAACGCAAUAUAACUUCAUUCGCUCGGAAAAUUUAUUUUGUAUCAGACUUAACAUUUGUACUUGUAAGAUUUUACAUUCAAUUCAAUAAUUUCGUGAUAAAAUUUAUGGUACAAUGAUAAGAAAUAAUUCUAUUAUUUGGACUUUUUACUAAACUUAUAACAUAUAUAUAUAUAUAUAUAUAAUAUAUACACAUACGUAUAUAUAUGUAUAUAUAUAGUUGUAACUCUCUGUCUAAGAAAAACCUCAAUUCUCAGGUGUAAUUUUUAUAAAAAAACACGUUUAAUUAACUCUUCCAUCUAAAAGCCAAUUUUAGCCAAUUUCAAUAGUAUUUUUUUUUUACUAAGUUGCUUUAAGAAAUUUAAACUAGUCUAGACUCGGCAUAAACAUAUGCAUAUAAUUCUUAUACUUUUAUUAUUUUCUACAUAUUUGGAUAGAGAAAAAGAAAUUCAAAGAACGUAUAUCUUGUGUUAUGAUGCAUUUAACUUGCUUAUUUUUAUAAAAAGUAGGUUAUUUAAAAUACACAUAGUUUAUAUGUAAAGUCGUAUAUAUAGUUUCCUAUUUGUAAUAAAUAUACAUACAUUUACAUGUAUACUGUUUCUAUAAGUCUUUUUUACGAGCUUAAUAUAUACUGAUAGCUUAAGAAAAACUUCUUAACUCGCAGGAGUAUUAAUUGAUUCUCCCUAUAAUGGGACCAAAUUUAAAAAUUGCAAAGUUCAGUCUGUUAUUAUAAUACAUGUUAGUCUUUUUUGCAUUUUGUAAUAUCACCUAAUUGAAGCAUAUUCUAUAGUCUUCCAUUACAAACCAAAAUUGAUAUACAUUGUAUAUAUUAUUUCUACAAAAUAAUUCAUAUUUAAGAAAAUCAUUUUUGACAAAUGUUAAUGUAUUUAACAUUCUGUUUAUAAUUAUUUUUUUAGUUGUAUAAUUUAGUCUGAUCUUUCGCAAUAGCUUAUAAAAUUGUUCUAAUCUUUCUAUAUUAA